AUAGAAAAUUUAAAUAAAGAAACCUUAAAAAGUGAGGAAAUUUCCCAGUUAGUUCAGCAGUAUAAAGAGAUAAAAGACGAAUUACGAGAACCUUGUUAUAUUACUUAUCAUGAAAAUAAUGUUAUUCAGUUUACUUACCAUAAUCAGAAAGGAGCAGAUUUAGAACAAGAAAAUUAUGAGGCUUUUGUGGAUAAGAUUUAUUUGUAUUAUGCUAACUAUCUGAAAAGCCCAGGCACUAUCAAGUUAAAUCGAGCCCCCUUAUUUUUAGAAAGCAAAGAAAAUCCCCUAUCAGAAAGCAACAAACUCCAUUAUUCUUUUUGUAAUGAUAAAGGGAAUUUAGUCAUUGAGGAAGUAAAUAAUCCUGAUAUUCAACCCCGAUUAAAAACUGUGGUGUUAGAUGCAAAAACAGACAUCAGUAGCCAACAUUUAACCAGUUUUAAGGCUGGUCCGAAUAAAUGA